UGCCUUUGCCUUGUGCUAUAGACAGCCAACCUUAGAGGACCAUGUGAAUAUCUCUCUGGUUUGUGUUACGCUGUUCCUGGAUUGUCAAAAAAAAAAAGGCUGAGCAGAUAUACCACCAGGACGAAAAUAAAGGGUGAGGUUUAAGACUGUUUAUAAACCAUGGCGGAAGAAAGAAACAGAAGAGCACUGCAGGAGCUGCUACACAAGCCAGGGAACAACAUAUGCUCAGACUGUGGUGCUGCUGAUCCCGAUUGGGCUUCAUAUACAUUGGGUGUUUUCAUUUGUCUAAACUGCUCUGGAAUACAUCGGAAUAUACCUCAGAUCAGCCGAUUAAAAUCUGUCCGGUUAGAUCAAUGGGAUGAUGUGCAGAUUGAGUACAUGGCAUGCCUGGGAAAUGAACUUGCACAAGGAAAAUUUGAGUCUAAAGUUCCAGCCUUUUAUUACAAGCCAACCUCUUCGGACUGCCAAGUGCUCCGUGAACAGUGGAUUCGGGCCAAGUAUGAAAGGAAGGAGUUCAUUUACAUUGAGAAGCAAGAACCUUACUCUGCAGGUUACAGGGAAGGGUUGCUAUGGAAACGAGGACGUGAUAAUGGACAGUUUUUAAGUCGAAAGUUUGUACUCUCAGAACGAGAAGGGGCUUUAAAAUAUUUCAACAAAAAUGAUGCAAGAGAGCCCAAAGCAGUUAUGAAGAUUGAGCAUAUAAAUGCUACGUUCCAGCCAACAAAAAUAGGGAACCCAAACGGCCUACAAAUUACUUAUUUAAAAGAUAACAGCACUAGAAAUAUUUUUGUGUACCACGAAGAUGGGAAGGAAAUAGUGGAGUGGUUUAAUGCUAUUCGAGCUGCAAGAUUUCACUACUUACAAGUGGCCUAUCCUGGAGCAAGUGACCUUGAUUUGGUGCCAAAACUGACAAGAAAAUUUCUCAAGGAAGGUUUUAUGGAAAAAACAGGACCAAAGCACACAGAAGGCUUCAAGAAGCGAUGGUUUACUCUCGAUGACAGACGAUUAAUGUACUUUAAAGAUCCUUUGGACGCAUUUGCCAGAGGGGAAGUAUUUAUUGGGAGCACUGAGAAUAACUAUGAAGUGUUAGCAGGACUUCCCAACUCCACACAAGGAUAUCACUGGCAGUAUGGCAUCACCAUUGUCACUCCCGACAGGAGGUUUCUGUUUGCUUGUGAGACCGAUAAUGAGCGAGCGGAGUGGAUGGAAGCAUUUGGGAAAGUUCUUAGCAAGCCCAUGCUGCCGCAGGAAUAUGCAGUGGAAGCGCACUUCAAGCAUAAACCGUAAUGGCAGGAGAUCUCAUUGUUUACAAAAUGCACAAUGUUUUGAAUGAAGAAUAUGAAUUCAUAGGAAGAUGUCUAAAGAGAGCAGAAUAAAAUGAAAGAAAAAAAGGCUGUGACUUCCUAAACUAAAAAAAAACAAACAAACUGCAGGUGUGACUACAUUUUUCACUACAUGGACUGGCCAUGCUCAGUUCUUUUCCACCCUUGUCUGUGGCCGGCAUGCUUACAAUUGGACGCAAAAGAAAAAUGUGAUCUACAUCAAUACACAACCUAGAUCUUUACAUCCAGCACGGAAAAUAAUUUUGGGUAUAAAACCUGUCUUAAAAUGACAUUGCACAAUCGGUACACUGCCCGCUCACAAGCUUCUAUUCACGCUCUACUACUGUGUGUUUACUGCCUGGCGUUAUUGAUACCAGAUUCUCAUCAUCGUUUUUUUUUUAAUUAUUAUUCAUUUCCAGUAUACUGUAAAUGUCACAUAAAACAGCAUAUGCAUAAGGAACACAAGCUACCAAGUUUAAAAUACAAUCUGGUAGAAAGUAAUAAAAAAUUACUUACAUGACUUGGCGCCCUACAAGCUAGAUAGACUGUGCAGGUAUAAAAAUGUCUCAUUAAGUCCAGUUACAUUUUAAAUGUUAGGCUACAUCAGUGUUCAUAUUGCACUUUUAAAGGGCCAUAAUAGUUGAAAAAUUAUAUGCUCUAUUCUGUUUUAUUAGUAAGACUAUCGACCUUCACUUACUGUGUGUUUAACUUUCUCAGAGCACUGCUGGUCCUGAGCGGAAACCACCGCUGAUCCAAUCAACAUCGCUGUGUAACCGAAGUCGCUGAUUGGAUCAAUGCCGUUGUCCCUUCAGGACCAGCAGUGCUUUGGCGGGGUUUAACACAGGAUCGAUAAUCCUAAAAUAACAUGCUCUAAUGCAGGGUUCUGCAAACCACGGGUCGGGACCCAUUACUGGGUCACAACACCAGUAAUGGGUCACGACUUGUGUGUUGUGUUGUAUUAGAGUGUGUGUGGUGUGUAUGAGAGUGUGUGGUGUUGUAUUUUUCAAAAUUACAGCUAUCUUGUUGUAAUAUUAUUUAAAAAAUGUUCAGACUAAGCAUAAACAAUAGGGUUGUGAAGGUAUGUGAUAUCAGUGCUCUAAUGCAAUUUUUCUACUGUUAUGAAGCAAGGCUAUUCUUGGAUGAACUAAGAGUAUGAAACACAUUGGCUAAAGUGUAUUUUACAAGAUGCAAUACUUAUCUUCCUAUGCUUUACUUGAAUUUACUUUUAUGGUACAGCACAGUUUAGUACAUAUAAGGUUUUUAUGGGGAAGGUGGGACUUGUUUGAAGCACGCCAUUAGCUGAGCUAUGAUUUUUUUAAUUCUAAUAGGAAGAUUUGUUUUAUAGUAUCUUUAUUUUCUAAAUGCAAAGGUAAAUGUGAUGUAUCUACAUAAAAUUUAAAUGCAUGUUUUAUUAGGAACCCCCCCAGCAUGUAUUUUCUGUGGAGAACUCUGCAUGAAGGACUAUAAUAGUCAAAAAUGACAUUCUUUGAGUUUUAAGAUUAUUGACUUUGUUUUUAAUCUCUGCAAAGGAGCCCACAGUAGUAGUACUGCUUGGGACCUACAGAGCAUUGUGGGUCCUGAGAAGUAACUGCCGCUGAUCGAAUUAGCAGUGCUAGUCGCUUGACUCAUGUAACAGCGGCUGUUUCUGUUUCGGACCAUCUGCGGGUCCUGAGCAGUAAUACUACUGAGUGUUUAACUCUAUUGCGGGGGUUAACCAAACAGUAGGUAGGGUCAAUGGUCUUAAAAUGACUAUAAGAACAUGUCAUUUUCUGACUUUUAUGGCCCUUUAAGAACCCCUGUAAUGUGUGAGGGACAAGGUUCAAUGCACCAGUUAUGCAUUAAACAGAUGAGCUUCUGGCAAUUAUUAGAACAGUUUAUUUCUGAGGGUUUCCUUUUAAAAACAGCACUGUGCAGAUUAAGCAUUUGCUGAAAUGCCGUUUUUACAAUUAACCAUUCUGCAGGCUGGUGUUGCAACUCACUUUAAUUAUUAUUCUAAUAAUUGGAACAGGAACAAAUUUUUGGAUUAGAUUGAACUAAUAUUCUUUUAGAUAUUCUAAUGUUUACCUGUACAAUUCCAGGGUAGAGAUAAAGCUGAUUAACAAUUAGUUUCAAAAUAGCAAUAAAAUGACUCCCAGAUCUCACAAUGGGCUCCAUUAUCAACCUGCAACUGCUAUUAACCUGCUGCUGCUUAAGAGCCCCAUUGUUUCAGGCUCGCUCAGAGCGAGCCUGAAACAAUAGUUAAGUAUAUUAGUGCUACUCCCUGACACUCUAGGUGGCGGAUAGCAAUCAUCUCGAUCCAAUCAGAAUGAUUAACAGCCACGCACACGCGGGUGCAGCAUUGCACAAUCGGUACACUGCCCCCUUGCCGCGAACCUGAGCAGAUGAGGUUCAUGACAGUGAAACUUGUCUGCCCUGCAGUUGUAAAGUCAAUGUUUGAUAUCAAAUUUGUUAUUGUAUUGAAAAUUUACCAUACCCAGUUAUCAAGCUUCAACUUAACAGCUAAGGAUUCAUCAUUAAAAGGGCAGUAUACACCAAUUUUCAUUUAACUGCAUGUAAUAGGCACUACUAUAAAGAAUAAUAUGCACAGAUACUGAUAUAAAAAUCCAGUGUAAAACCUUUUAAAAACUUACAUAGAAGCUCCCAAUUUAACAAUGUUAAUGAGAUAAACCUGGGACACCCACUGAAAGGGGCUCAUAGCAGAACCUCCCCUGCAUAUGAAAAGACCUAUUAAACAAACAGAAGCAGUCUGAAGUCUGUAUACAACAGUAUACAUAUAAAACUUUGAGCUUGGUUAGGAGUCUGAAAAUCAGCACAAUGUUAUUUAAAAAUAAGCAAAACUAUACAUUUUUACAAAAACACACCCAGAUGGUGGUAUAAAUGGAUCAUCUACAAAACAUUUAUGCAAAAAAAAAAUCUAAAUUUUAUUUUAUGCAUUUCUUUAAAUAUGGUCCUCUAAACAAUUGCUUAAAAUGCGAAAUUCCUUAAAAAAAUUUAAACAAUACUAGAUGAGAAAUUGAUUGUAAAUCUGCUUUAGUACAGACAGUGCAUGAUAUCCGCCCACAACAUAAAUUUAUAUUCUUACCUGGCAACUAACAAUCCGCAGAUUUUCUUUAUAAAGUUUAAUAAGUGCUGUAUUACAACUAAUGUCAAGCCAAAUAUUUUCUCCAGCUGAUGUAUAUUUUUGUUUAAAGCGCUGUAAUUAGGAAGUCACAGCACACACAAUGUAAACAGUGAAUUGUUCUGCGUAUAGUUUUUCGGUUUAUUGUGCUGCAGCAAUGUGCCGGUCUGUAACAGAACAAGCCCCUUGAGGUAAAUGAGCAUUAAUUAAAAUAAAUAAGAUUAAAAACAGGAGGUCAAUACUUUAUAUAAUGAACUUAACAGUGAAGUAAAAUAACAAAUUAAAAUA